AUGUGCCCGUGUGUGCCCGUGUUUUCCCGUGCCCGAGUGUGCCCGUGUGUGUGCCCGAGUGUGUGCCUCUGUGUGUGUCCGUGUUUUACCGUGCCCGUGUGUGUGCCCGAGUGUGUGCCCGAGUGUGUGCCCGAGUGUGUUCCCGUGUGUGUCCCCGGGUGUGUGCCCGUGUGUGUGCCCGAGUGUGUGCCCGAGUGUGUGCCCGAAGGUGUGCCCGUAUGUGUGACCGAGCGUGUGUCCGAGUGUGUGCCCGUGAGUGUGCCCGAGUGUUUGCCCGAGUGUGUGCCCGAAGGUGUGCCCGUGUUUUCCCGUGCCCGAGUGUGUGCCCGUAUGUGUGACCGAGCGUGUGCCCGUGUGUGUGCCCCAGUGUGUGCCCGUGAGUGUGCCCGAGUGUUUGCCCGAGUGUGUGCCCGAAGGUGUGCCCGUGUUUUCCCGUGCCCGAGUGUGUGCCCGUAUGUGUGUGCCCGUAUGUGUGUGCCCGCAUGUGUGCCCGAGUGUGUGCCCGAGUGUGUGCCCGUAUGUGUGUGCCCGAGUGUGUGCCCCGAGUGUGUGCCCGUGUGUGUGCCCGAAGGUGUGCCCGUGUUUUCCCGUGCGUGUGCCGGUGUGUGUGCCCGAGUGUGUCCCCGGGUGUAUGCCCGUGUGUGUGCCCGAGUGAUUCCCCGUGUGUGUGCCCGAAGGUGUGCCCGUGUUUUCCCGUGCCGGAGUGUGUGCCCGAGUGUGUGCCCGUAUGUGUGUGCCCGGAUGUGUGCCCGAGUGUGUUCUCGGGUGUGUGCCCGUGUGUGUGCCCGUGUGUGUGCCCGAAGAUGUGCCCGUAUGUGUGACCGUGUGUGUGCCCGAGCGUGUGCCCGUGAGUGUGCCCGAGUGUUUGCCCGUGUGUGUGCCCGAAGGUGUGCCCGAGUGUGUGCCCCGAGUGUGUGCCCGCAUGUGUGCCCGAGUGUGUGCCCCGAGUGUGUGCCCGUGUGUGUGCCCGAAGGUGUGUCCGUGUGUGUGCCCGAAGGUGUGCCCGUGUUUUCCCGUGCCCGAGUGUUUGCCAGUGUGUGUGCCGGUGUGUGUAUUUGA